AUGACGCAGGUUGUGCCAAAUCAAGAAGACACAUUCCAAGCCAGUGGCAGGUUGUCUGCCCGAUGCCAUGGCAUGCCAUGGCGAUUCAAGAGCUGCAGCUUCUUGACCGUUGCAAAGUGGACAACUGCUUCCUUUUUCUCCGUUUGUCGACAGCUGCUCGCCAGACCUUUGCAAAGCAAUGCGCGAAGCAAGAACUGGCUGAGCCUGGCGCGCGCGGACCUGCGUCGGAGAAAUCCCUCUGCCUGUGCAGGACUAACGGCAUGCGUCGUCUCGAGGCACUCGGUGACAGUCCGCACGCCACCUUUUCAACUUUCCGGUCUGCACGCAAAAGCAACAAAUGUGUCCGAGGUCGCUAAUGAUAUUUCCGACUUUCUCAUAGCCAGUCGGAGAGGUUACAUGCGCAGCUGCUUUGCGCAAGCGGCUUGCUUGGCGCGCAAGGAGGGAGACCUGCAGUUUGGGAAGCCGCAAAGGACGCGCCUUCUUUCAGCAGAUGCGCCUCUUGUAACAGCAGUCAGAUGGAACAGCAGUCAGAUGGAACUCGUUUGA